ACGUGACAGAUGAGUGAUGAGUGUUUGGGUAGUGAUUAGUGUAUAUUGAACAUGAACAGUGUGGUGGGAGGUAGUGUGAACUAGGUUUGGUGUUAAGGGUUUUUUUUUUUUCCUCUGUCGUAUAAUUUGUCAUAGUUGGAGGAUGUGUAUGGCAGGUCGCUUUAAAGUAUGAAGUAUGUUUUGUUUAUUGCUUCAGUCUUGUGCUUGCUAACAACAAUUGCAGCAAACCAAACGAAAAAUAAUAACAAUGUGGAAUAUAAUCCAUACGGACCCUACGUUAAUUGCUCUUUUCUCCCCCUGGAGUUCUUGGAUUGCGAAGAUCUAAUAGAUCAUAAAGGCAAUGAAACCGCCAAAGCAGAGCUAGGUCGGGGUUGUGUUAAGUUUGGUGGUUAUAGGUACGAAGAUGUCGAAAAAACAGUGUUGAAAUGUACUGUUCUUCCAUCAAUUGAGUGUUAUGGACCAAAAGAAAUAUACAGAGAUGGCUUUCCUUGUAUAACGUACAGUGGUCAUUAUUUUGCAACUACGUUGAUAUACAGCAUCCUCUUGGGGUUUUUGGGAAUGGAUAGGUUUUGUCUUGGUCAGACUGGAACAGCAGUUGGAAAGUUGCUGACACUUGGAGGUGUUGGAAUAUGGUGGAUAGUAGAUAUAAUUCUUUUAGUCACUAAUCAACUUCAACCAGAAGAUGGAAGUAAUUGGAAUCCAUAUGUUUAACCACUUCAAGUGCAUUUCUUUAGCUGCUGUCAUCUAUACGUUAACAAUACAUAACACAUUUUGAAUGCCACCAAAAUAUAUUUUAUUUUCCAAAUCUAAUAACAUGUACAGUAACCUGUGAUAAAUGAUACAGCACAAAUAUAUUUA